AUGGGUGACACACGUCCAAAUCGCUUCGCUGCCAUUUUCCAGCAGCUCGCCAUUGCAGCCCCGCCAAACACCAAGUCCGCAGUCAUCAACUAUGCCGAAUUUGCCAACGCGAUUGCUUCCUGGUCGAGCAAGUGGCGCGAGAAGGGGCAGGUCGACAAGAACAGUGUUUACAACCGCCUGCGGCCGAAUCUUGAGCGUACCAUGUCGCUCGGUUUAAAUAGCGAGGCUAAAGCCAAAGACUCAUCAUCGACACCAUCAGGAGAGUCGCAGCUCCUGGCUUUGGCCGAAUCGGAACCAGUUGAUGUCAUCAUCUUGCUUGCGUCGUGCGUUCAAUACGACCAAAUCACAAGCCUCCUCGAAUUGAGUGUGUCGUCUCCAAAGGCCAUGGUCUCUGCUCUAUCCGCGAUUCUCGACCAAGACCAGCAGCUCCGAAGCAUUCUCCUCGGCAACAGCAUUGAAAAGAUGGCUACCAAGUUGUUGAAGGAUGAGGCUGGAACUCCCUUGGAAAAGAGGCUGACCCUGUUCCAUCAAGGUAUUGCCCUUGCUCGGGCGAAGCCUCUCUCGGUGGUGACCUCCCCAGCAACUGCACCGCAAGGUGCCCUCCCGCAAGCUGUCGUUCAGCACUCUGCCAGUCCAACCAUUUCUCUCUUCUGGAUUGGCAUCCCAGAUGAGACCGAGAUCCUACACCAGUCGACCACCGGCAUUCCAGUCUCCCCCCGGGUGGCCAGUGCCCUCAACGACAUGGACAUGAAGGUACUCCUCCAACCCGAACUUGUCGACCAGCUCGAAAAGAGCCUUGGGCUGGCUUUUAUUGGGCCGGAGCAGUCCUGCCCCGGCAAAACUGAUCUCGACGAAGGGAGAUGGCUUCACCAAAGCAUUGUUACGCUGAUGUUCAUGCUGAACUCCCCAAACUGCCCUUUUCGGUUGGAACGGGCUUUAUCAUGGCAAGGGCUUGAUCUAUCUAAAUUCGAAGAUCUUCUGCUCGGCAGCCAGAGCAACCAACCAUCCAGCAGCCAGCACCAACCAAAGACACUUGUCUUCCUGUCUCGGACCGGAUACCCUUCGGAAAAGGCUCUCUCGCUGCAGGCUUUUUACAGCAGGAUGCGCCUCAUCUCAGCAGUGCAUGGAAAUUUGGAGGUAUGUCCGCCAGAGGAGGAAUUCCUCUUCAAGGAGGACAAGGGAGAUCCACCCGACGACGGCAGCAGUCUAGACGACAACAGCGGCAAGGGCACCUUUGCAGCCGCCAUCCAGUUCCCCCACAGCUUCCACAUCGUCAAGCAAAUGUCAAACAACCCCGACCCCAGUGGCACUGGCACCACCAAGAAAUUCGUCCCCGCCCUCCGCGACUUCGGCGAGCUGUGCGUCUUCGUCCGCGGGCCUGGCCCCGCCACCAGCAGGAUAAUCAUCAUCGUGCGCGUCAAGCCCAACGACAACGACAUAUCCGGCCGCAGCCCCGGACCGGAGAUCACCUUCCAGCAGCUGCGGCCGUCCGACUUCCACUGGCUGGCCACGCCCGACGAGCGAGCCGCCAAGUACGAUGAGCUGUGCCGCUUUGCGGUCUACGUGAUGAUGGGCUGGUGGUAUACUGCUGGGUACUACUCGUAUGCUACGCUGGCGCCGCCGUGGUUGGAUGUUUGUGCCAUGGGUCUUUAUGCAACAUCUCGGGGAUCCUCGGGGGAUUCCCAGAUGCCGGGGCAUGCCGGGGCUACUCAAGCAAACGACCGGGAAAAAGCACAGACCCCCGGAGUAGCCGGUCCCGGGCCAGAAUUGUACGAUUUUAACCGCUGGCAUCGUACAAUUCUAGCUGUUGGCAUCGUUGGAAUCGCUCGAUUCAUCCUCCUGUUGGAAUCGUACGACAACUCCUAUAAAUUUUUCGUCUAA